CGGAACGGCUCGGCUGCGCUCGGCUCGGGAAGCCGCGGGGGAGCCCAGCGCGCAGGCGCGGCGGUCGCGCAGGCGCAGUGUGCGCCGCCGCCAUGAACCCCCUGACGAAGGUGAAGCUGAUCAACGAGCUGAACGCGCGGGAGGCGGAGCUGGGCGUGCAGGAGGCGGUGUCGUGGCACGCGGAGUACAAGGACAGCGCCUGGAUCUUUGUCGGCGGGCUGCACUACGAGCUAACGGAGGGCGAUGUCAUCUGCGUGUUCUCGCAGUACGGGGAGGUCGUCAACAUUAACCUGGUGCGGGACAAGAAGACCGGGAAGUCCAAAGGCUUUUGCUUUCUGUGCUAUGAGGACCAGAGGAGCACCAUUCUUGCUGUGGACAACUUCAAUGGGAUCAAGAUCAAGGGAAGGACAAUUCGCGUGGACCAUGUGGCAAACUAUCGGCCCCCCAAAGAUUCCGAUGACUUAGAUGACGUCACAAAAGCCCUCCACGCGAAGGGUUGUGGAGUUAAAACGCCACCUCACACGUCAUCCGAUUCCCUGUCAGAAGAUGGCGAAGAACCUGUGAGAAAGCAAAAAGAUAAGGAGAAGAGCAGACAGGAGCGGCACAAGCAGAGCUCCCAGGCUCUGAAGAGGGUGGCGUCCGCAGAGGAGGUGCAGCCCAGGAUCAAGAUUAAGAAGGAGAAGGAAGACCCGGCCUACGAGCGCUACGCCAGCGGGAGCCAGCAGUGCCGGAGGGGCUCCGAGAGGAAGGCUGGGAGCAGGGUGCCGCGGGACGAGGAGGAGCGGAGACACCAACGGCCAUCGGAGGGAAAAGGGGAAAAGAGCUGCCAGAACCAGAGGGGACAAAGCGGUUUGUGGGACGAGAGGGAGAAGAGAGAGGAGGCUGGCAGGAGAGGCGACAGGCACGGCAGCCGGCGAGAGGAGUGUCCCGAGGGAGGCAGGUCCCGGGAGCGCAGUUCUGGGGAGCCCCAUCCCAGGCACGGGGAGCGGGGCUCUGCCAGAGCCUCCAGUCGCUGCUGAGCCCUGGGGCGGCCGCUCCGGGGGCUGAGAAAGGCCCUGCGCCUGCCCCAAAACGUCCUGGAGCCUCCCUGGUGGGGCACUGCCCCUGGACCCUCUGCCUCCACCAGCUCCCACUGGGUUUGUCAGCCCACCCUCGGGCAGGGAUGUCCUCAAUGCCUGUGCUGCGCACUGGGACUUGAGUUUUGUUGCCUCCUUCAGUGCUUCUUGCAGCGUGAGACUGGCUGGGGUGCUGCGGUGUGAAGGUGGUCACUGGGAGCAGCAGGAUGGUCCUUCCCAGAGCGGCCCAGUUCCCCCAGUCCUGCUGGGGGUGUCGCCGCGGGGAGAGGCCCCGGGGUGUCUGACUGGCCUCACGCACCCCAUUGGGAUCCUGAGCCCGCCUGAGGGCUGCUGGCGUGGAUCCCGAGAGAUGCGCUGCUGUGUCAGGGCGGUUUUUCUGUGGUUUGUUUUGUUAAUAAAAGGUUCCUGUUAACCAGAA